AGCAUGAUCUUCUCCAGUCAACUUCCCAGUGCAUUUCUGCUCUUGUUAACAGUAGUUGAUCAUCAGUCGCUCCCUCCCCAGCCUCGAACCCACACGGGCUGCGCCGAUCCUCUCUGAGCCACCGAGUGGAUGGCAUCUGUCGCGUCUUCCGUGGGGAAUCCUCUCCAAUAGGAUUCAAAGAGCGACACGCUCGCUGUAACUGCGGACAUAUACAUGGGUGUUUCCAACGCGUUUUCCUCUCCCGGUUCGCCAAGUGAUCGGAUCAGCGUCUUGUGUUUUUUCCGCGUUUGCCGAUAAGUUUUGCGUUUGGACACCGAGAGCACUUGUUUUUUUAGUUUUUUUUUAUAUUUGUUUUAUCAUUCGGAUUUUUUUUUUGUGUGUGCCUCUGGUGGAUAUUUGCAGGAAUGGUUGGCAGGAGCGCGCCGCGUCCCUCUGCCUUUAGGAGACAACUCCAGGCGGACGCCGCUCGCAUGAUUCUUUGAAAGAAAAAAAAAAGAGAAAUCUUGCCGUGCGAUGAGCGGCCACAGAGGCGGCGGAAUGGCAUCGAAGGAAAAGCUUUACGAGCUGUGGAUGUUGUACUACACCAAGAAAGAUGUAAGCUACUUGCAACAGUGGCUUGAGGCAUUUGUGGCGACCUUUGAGCGGCUCAUCGAUGUGCAUUCUCUGGAGCCUCGGAGGCUGGAGGAGAGCAGCUCAGAGGUGCCGCUGCUCCCCAGGGAGGUCCUGGUGUUCCUCAGCACCCAGCUAUGGCACAGCGCGCUCCACCUCUCCAGCGCCGCAGAGAGCAACGGAAACACACCGCACCCGCUGCUCCUCAUAAAGUUCUUUAUCAUUGUCUGCAGGAACAUGGAGAACAUCGAUCCUGAAAAGACGCCCAGUUUUGUUUUUGAAACUAUCAAGCUUCUAAACUUCUGUUUGGAGCAGCUCAAGAAGGGAGAGGGGGAGACGUCAUCCCUGGAGCCGGUCGUGCAGUAUGGACUGGUGCUCUGCGAGAGUCUCUUUGACCCUUAUCAGACGUGGAGGAGACGUCUGGCGGGGGAGGAGGUGAGCAUGAUGGAGAGGAACAAGUAUAAGUUCGCCCCGUUGCCCUUGCCAGAAGAGUUGCCUGCUCUGUUCCACGAGAGUCUCCAGGACAGUGAAAAUAUCCCAGAGUUCCUCACACUCAGACUGGUUCAUCUCCAAGGCGCUGUCAUCAGCGGAGGAAAGAAAAAUGGCCUUCUCUCCAUCAGCCCUCAGUCGGUCGAGGACCUGUUCUCCGUCCUGCGGGUGUGGUGCUGCCGGAUCUCUGCCGAACCUAAAGAGACCAGGCUCCCGCGGUUGACUCUGCGGUGUCUGACGGCAAUGAUCCACCUCCUCCACUCCAGCAGCCCAGUGGAGCGGCAGGUGGAGAUCAAGACGAUCCUGGAGGGCUACUUCCAGCUCCUCAACUGGAACCGUCCGCUCAGCAGCGACCAGGAGGACAGGCGGAGCUGGGAGGAGAGCCUGAUAUCCCUCCAGAGCCAAAUGCUAACUGCUGUUCCGGAGAUCCUGCAGUGUGCCGACAGACCUGUUCUACAGGCCAUCUUCCUCAACAACAACUGCUUUGAGCACCUCCUCAGACUGAUUCAGAACAGCAAGCUCUUUCAGAGCAACAGGUGUAGGCCGGAGCGUGAGGUUGUGUGUGACCUCACCACACAUUUGCUCAAAGAUGACAAAGUGAACCAGGUGUUGGAGAAAGGAGCAGACAGUAUAACGGUCCAUGCCUUAGGGGUCCUUACAGCUAUAAUGAGCAACUCACCUUCUGCUAAGGAGGUUUUCAAGGAGAGGAUUGGCUACUCCCAGCUGUUUGAUGUGCUGAAAAGUCAAGGUCAACCCACCAAACGGCUGCUGCAGGAGCUGAUGAACAUGGCAGUGGAGGGCGAGCACGCCCACGCGCACCACCUUGGCAUUAGCAACGACCAGCCCUUGCUGCUGCUUCUGCAGUGGCUGCCCGACCUGUCGGGCCAGAGGGACCUCCAGCUGCUGGUGGCCCAGUGGCUGGCGGCGGUGUCGGGAGGCUCCCGGUCGUGCCGCACCGUGGCUGUGGAAGCCGGCAUGGUGGGUGCUCUGCUGCAGGUGCUCUCGCAGCCCCAGAGUUUGGACAGGCAGUGUGCGGACGCCCUGCUGGGCCUCCUGCAGGACCUGGGUUCCCUGUGUCUGAGGCCCGAGGAGCUGAAGAGCCUCCUCAGACUUCUCCGAAUGGAUCAGGACAGCGGCGCAGCGGGAGGGAGGAUGCACCCUUACUGCACCCGCAUGAUAUGCGUGCUUUCAGCCAUGGCAGCCAGAGAGGGCCGGGACAGCGCUCUGCAAUAUUUUGAUCUUACACCCCCUAUGGCAGGGAUUAUGGUCCCGACAGUCCAACGCUGGCCAGGCAGCGGGUUUGCAUUUCACGCUUGGCUCUGCCUCAACAUGGACUUCCCAUCUUACCAUUCGGAGUUCUUUAAUAACAAUAAACAUCCUGCCAACACUGACAAGGGGGCUCAAUAUGACAUGGGAAAAGGGUCACGCAGGAAGCAGCUCUACAGUUUCUUCACAGCAAGUGGAACCGGGCUUGAAGCCUUUUUCACCAUGGAGGGUGUGCUAGUAGUGGCUGUUUGCACUAAGAAAGACUACAUGGCCGUCGCUUUGCCUGAAUACCCACUAGUUGACAUGCGCUGGCAUUCGGUGGCUAUAGUCCACAUCCCAGGCCGGCGUCCUUUCGGUCAGAACCUUGUAACGGUCUACAUUGAUGGAGAGCAACAGAAAACGGCUCAGCUUCGUUUCCCAUCUUUUAAUGAGCCGUUUAUCUACUGCGGCAUCGGCUCCGCCGGCCACCGCACCACCACCACCACCACCUCGCCCAACCUUCCCUCGUCUCUGGCCUCCUGCCCGUCGCCAGAGUUUGCCUUCCCGUCCCACGCUCCCUCCCUCCUCCGCUCCCAGUCCUUCCCAGCGACCUUCGCGGGGGGCCGUUGGGGGCCUACGCCAGACUCCCCGGUGCACACCAUUUCGGCAGGACUGCAGGACACAGAGUGGGGCUCACCGACGUCUCUAGACGGGCUGCUGGGCACGGCCUUCAUCUGCCACGAGGCUCUGCAGCCUGCCCAGGCGCGAGCUCUGCACGCUGCAGGCCCUAAUCACGUGCCCCUGUUCAAAGCGGACGGAGAGCUGUCUGAGCUGAACAGCAAGCUGCUGCUCUACUACACUCCACAGGCUUUUAAGGGUCAGAUAUGUCUGGACCUGGCACCUCAUCACCAGCAUGAUGGCAGACUAACAGGACACAGAGUGGUCAGCUGGGAUACCAAGGAUGUUGUGAACGUGGUGGGAGGCAUCGGGGUUUUGCUGCCCCUGCUCGAGCAGGUGUGCGAGGCGGAGCAGGUUUACAACGGCGGCCAGGAGGCUUCAGACCUGCUGGGACCAGAGCUCACCUCCUCCAGAGGCCCCGCCGCCAUGCUGCUGCCUCUCAACAAAUCUGCAGAAGGCCGACUUGAGAGAAACAGCAUCGCCGCCUUCCUGCUGAUGGUGAAAAACCUGAUUCGUCAUCACCCCGUCAAUCAGGAGAGCCUGCUGCAGUGCCACGGGCCCAGCAUCAUCGGUGCCAUGCUCAGCACUGUUCCAGGCACCAUGAUGGACAUGAACGUUCUCUUGGCCUGCCAGCUCCUGCUGGAGCAGGUUUUCAACGAGGGCAACAGCUCGCUCCUGCAGCAGCUCUACCAACACCUGCUAUUCAACUUCCGCAUCUGGACCAGAAGCCACUUUGCUGUUUGUUUGGCACACGUGCAAUAUCUGUCAUCUGUGAUAAAUAAGAGCAAGCAGCGCAUGAAGAGGAAGUAUGGGGUCCAGUACCUCCUGGACACCAUUCGGACAUACUACAGUGUGGAGCAGGAUGGCAGCCCUCUGUCUGAUGAGAAACAGACCAUCCAGACGUCUCUGUUUUCGCUGCUGAAAGAGUUCCUCAAGUCUCCGACGCCAGAGGAGCUCCACAGCGUCCUCGCCUACAUCGUGUCGGUCGGAGAGGAGCAGCAGGUGGUGAAGGCCCUGGAUGUGCUGUACGAGCUCCUGAGGAGCAGCCCUCCCCGGGAGCAGGUGCAGGCCGUGCUGCUGGAGUGGGGCGUGGAGCAGCUGUACAGCCUGCUGCUCACCCCGAGCUUUGGGGACGAGGCCAGAGAGAGGGUGUUCAGGGUUUUGUACAAAAUCCUCAAGAGUGAGAAACUGUCUGAUCGUAACAAGCAACGAAUCAGGCUGAAGGAUUUCGGUUACCUCGGGCUGGUUUGCUUCCUUGAAGAUAUGCCUGUAACCAUGACUACUGUACGCUGUUUAUACGAGCAGGUCCUUGCGACAGAUGCCAGUCCUAAUUUCAGAGACCUGCUGGCUGUCGUCUGCCUGUCCCAUCGAGCUGAGCUCACCGUCCGGCUGGACGUCUGUCGCAAGCUCUUCCAUCUGAUCUACUCCAACGAGGAUUACGUUAAGCAGCUCGCCAAGCAGCCCGGCUGGCAGGAUGUUCUGACCAAACUCUACGUGAAGGAGUCCUACGAAGUCCACGCCGUGACCAUCGCCGACCCCGGCGACCCCGGCUCCUUCGCGCCCAGCUUACGGUCGCCCCUGCGCAGAGGGCAGUCCGUGGUGGCGGAGGAGCCGCGCACCGACAUCUACCUGAACUACCGCAACUCGCGGGACAUCGAGGACGAGGAGGAGGACAACUGCGCUCAGCAGGAGAUCUCGGAGGGCUUCUCUGAUCUGUCCCAGUCGCCUCCCAGCGGAGGCGGAGGCCAGCUGAAGAGCUACGGCGGCUCGCUUCAGUUUAAGUCGUUUGACUCGGUGGAUCAGGAGAGCCACUCGUCCUCCACCUCCAACCCGGUGGACAUUGCCUCGCCUCGACCGGACGACGAGGGAAGGGACUACCAGCCGCUCUCCCCGUUCGGCACGUCGCCCUUCGAUAUGGAGUUGGGAGGCAUGGGGGACGCCGGCGCGCACACCCCCGCAGGGAGCCUGACCAACACGCCGUCUCCUCUGGAGCACUCCAAACCAUUCCCACCGCUAAGGCCGAGGAAGAGCUCCAGUUUGUCUAACGUGCUGGAUGACACCAGCUAUGGGACGGACCCUCCCACUGGAGACACCAUCUCCAACACGUCCAACCCUCAGCAGACGCCCGAGGAGGAGCUGUGCAACCUGCUCACCAACAUCGUCUUCUCCGUGCUAUGGAGUGGCAGCGGGGCCGAGGGGGCGGAGGACGUGGUGUGGCGGGAGAGGGGGCAGGUGUUCUCUGUCCUCACCAAACUGGGCUCGUCCUGCCAGCUGGUUCGGCCUCCUGAUGAGAUCAAGCGCAGUCUUUUGGAAAUGAUGCUGGAGUCCUCCCUGUCCGACCUGAGGGACGCCCAGGGUGUGUCGCUGCCCUUCUGUCCCAGUCUGGUCCGGCUCCUCCGGCUGCUGCAGGACUUCCUGUUUGCCGAGGGCACGGACAACAGAACGCUGUGGAGUGAGAAGAUCUUCGAAGGGGUGGUGAACCUGCUGGACAGGUUGCAGGCCUGGCACAGCACCCCCGGCAGCCCUGGGAACACUGAGCUGAAGGAGAUGGCCCAGAUUGGCCUGCGUAUCAUCAUGGGAUACAUCCAGCAGCAGAACUCGCAGGUGUGUGAGAUGGCCUAUUUGAAGCUCCACAGCCUCCUCCAGACUGUGCUCUGUCUGAGCUGGGAGGAGGUCUGCUUCCUGCUGGGAAAGCUUGGCGCCCCCUUGUGGCCAGGAGGCGUAACGGACGACACAAACGGCAGUCGCUCGGAGACUUUCUCCCAGCUGGUGCCCAUCAUGAGGACUCUGCUGGACCAGCACGCUGACCCCGUUGCCCUCCAGAGCCACCUGCCCAACCUGCCCACCACCAACGGCAGCGCCACCUUCGCCGAGGACCUGAAGGUUUACUGUAACGCCAUGGAGUGGCAGAGCUUUUACCAGCAGAAGGUUCAGCCCGCCAUGGAGCAGUACGAGCUGGACACAUUUGGACGGAGUCAUGACAUCAUGUCCAAUUUCUGGAACUCCUGCUUCGAUGAUCUAAUGAGUACGGCGCAUAAACGGGACAAAGAGAGGUCUGACAGCAAGUCCAAGUUCCAGGAGGCGAUCGUGGACCCCUACAUGAAGCGCGUCCGCAGUGAGAACAACAGGUAUGGCGUCUGGCAGAAGCAGAGCUCCAGCCAGCUGGGGGUGGUGCGGCAGCACUGGAGAGCUCUCCGCCGACUCUUCACCUGCGAGAGGGGAGCAUGGGCCAAGAGAGUCCAACCAGAGGUGAAAUGGAAACUGUCCGGUGCUGAAACGUAUUCAAAGAUGCGACUGAAGCUCGUGCCCAACUAUAACUACGAUUCACACAGCGAGGCCAGCGCCCUGCGGGAUAACAUGGGAGCCGAAAGCCCUCGCAGCUCUGAGCAGCUCCCGCUGGCUGUCGCUAAGGAAGCGAAGGUAAGCGACAUGGAGGAUGACCAUUUGGAAGAUGAGGACCUGGUCUCAUCUUCUAAAGGGGAAGGAGAGGACGAGAGUCAGAAAGAAAAACUGGUUCUGUCUGAAGACUGCGAGCUCAUCACCAUUGUGGCCGUGGUGCCGGGUCGGCUGGAGGUCACCACGCAUCAUCUGUACUUCUACGACGGCAGCAGUGAGAAAGAGGAGACCGAGGAUGGAAUCGGGUUUGAUUUCAAGAGACCUCUGUCUCAGCUUCGGGAGGUCCAUCUGAGGAGAUACAACCUGCGGCGGUCUGCCCUGGAGCUUUUCUUCAUCGACCAGGCUCAUUACUUCAUCAACUUCAAAAAGAAGGUACGAAACAAGGUGUACUCGAGGAUCCUCGGCCUGCGGCCCCCCAACCUGUUUUAUUUCGGCUCCCGCUCCCCCCAGGAGCUGCUGAAAGCGUCGGGCCUCACUCAGAAAUGGGUGUACAGAGAAAUCUCCAACUUUGAGUACCUAAUGCAACUCAACACCAUCGCCGGGCGCACGUACAACGACCUGUCCCAGUACCCCGUGUUCCCCUGGGUUCUGUGCGACUACACUUCUCCUGUUCUGGAUCUGGAGGACCCCUCAGUUUUCAGAGAUUUAUCCAAGCCUAUAGGCGUGGUGAACCCACGCCAUGCACAGAACGUCAAAGAAAAGUACGAGAGCUUUGAGGACCCAACGGGCACCAUUGACAAAUUCCACUAUGGCACACACUACUCUAACGCAGCAGGAGUCAUGCACUACAUGAUCCGCAUGGAGCCGUUCACCACCCUGCACAUCCAGCUGCAGAGCGGCAGGUUCGACGUGGCAGACAGACAGUUCCACUCGGUGGCAGCCGCCUGGCAGACGCGCAUGGAGAGCCCCGCCGACGUCAAAGAGCUCAUCCCGGAGUUCUUCUACUUCCCGGAGUUCCUGCAGAACAUGAACGGCUUCGACUUGGGCCGCCUGCAGAUGUCCCAGGAUCUGGUGGCAGAUGUUGUGCUGCCUCGCUGGGCAACAUCAAGGGAGGACUUUAUCAGGAAACACAGGAAAGCCCUGGAGUCCGAGCACGUGUCCUCCCACCUCCACGAAUGGAUCGACCUCAUCUUCGGAUGCAAGCAGAGAGGAGAGGAGGCGGUGAACGCUCUCAACGUCUUCUACUACUGCACUUAUGAGGGUGCCGUCGAUCUGGACGCAAUUGCCAACGAGACUGAGCGAAAGGCCUUGGAAGGCAUCAUCAGUAACUUUGGACAGACUCCCUGUCAGCUGCUUAAGGAGCCCCACCCGCCUCGAAUGACGGCCCAGAAUGCAUCCCGGCGGCAGGCCCGCCUGGACACCCUGCCUCCGAACAUCUUCGAGCAUCUCGCCAAACUCCGCCCAUUUAUGGAGGUGGUGAGUGAUGGACUUCCUCUGGUCCAAGCGGUGGUACCAAAGAACCAGAACCACUCCAUCAUGCACGGCUCCGACACCCUGGUGACUGUAAGCUCCAGUGGUUUGAUCGGGACGCACAGCUGGCUUCCGUAUGACAAAAACAUCACCAACUACUUCACCUUCACGAAAGACCCAACAAUGACCAAUCCCAAAACUCAGCGUUUCCUGGCCGGACCUUUCUCUCCCGGGGUGGAGCUCAGCGCCCAGGUGCUGGUGGUGUCCAACGACGGCCGUCUGCUCUUCAGCGGGGGACACUGGGACUGCAGCCUUCGCGUCACUCAGCUGGGGAAAGGAAAGCUGGUGGGAAGAAUCUGCCGGCACAUCGAUGUCGUCACCUGCCUGGCUCUGGAUCUGUGUGGCAUCUACCUCAUCUCUGGUUCGAGGGACACGUCCUGUAUAGUGUGGCAGGUUUUGCAGCAGGGCGGCUUCUCCUGCGGACUGUCUCCUCGGCCCGUGCAGAUCCUCUGCGGACAUGACCAGGAGGUCACCUGCGUGGCCAUCAGCACUGAACUGGACAUGGCUGUUUCAGGCUCAAAGGACGGGACUGUGAUCGUGCACACGGUCCGACGGGGCCAGUUCCUGCGGACCCUGCGGCCUCCUGGCGACGGCAACGUGCGGGCCCCGAUCGCAGCGCUCCAGGUGGGGAUGGAAGGCCACAUCGUGGUGCAGACGUCUCAGGAGGCGCGCGCUCACAGGAAGGGCAAGUACGCCGUUCACGUGUACUCGGUGAACGGCAGUCUGCUGUCCUCCUUCGCCACGGAGGAGCAGAUGACUGCACUUCACCUGGUGUCUGAAUACGUCAUCCUGGGCACCAUGCAGGGCAGCCUCCACAUCCGGGAUUUGUUCAGCCUGGACUCUCUGAUAACGCCCCUGCCCCUGAGGGUCGCUGUGAGGAGUGUGUCUGUCACUAAAGAGUUCAGCCACAUACUCGUGGGACUGGAGAACGGGAAGUUAAUAGUGGUGGGGGCAGGGAAGCCCGAAGAGGUUCGCUCAGGACAGUUCUCCCGUCGCCUCUGGGGCUCCACACGCCGCAUUUCUCAGGUGUCGGCGGGCGAAACCGAGUACAACCCUGCGGAGAACGGCGGCAAAUAAGAGGAGCGGGCGGCGCGGAGGCCUCAAUAACAGCCUUUCCUUAAAAAAAAAAAAAAAAAAAAAAAGAACUGGGGGAAACUUUACUCAUAAGCCACUGAUAUCUCUCUGAGAGAGAAGUUAUACACUGAGCACUUUUUAAGAAAAAAAAACAAAAAACUUCCUAAAUGUUUUUAUAUUUUUUGUUGCAGUGACUUUAGCAGGCGUGCUGUUUUGAGUCAGCAUCAAUCCAAAGAGUGGCCUUGUUCGUCUCGUUUCGGGUGGAAGAGCUCGAGGGCGGGGUCUUUUUUAGGCUGUAAAGCUCCUGAUGGACCGCGUGAACUCUUUGAGUCACAAUUCGCUCUGAUGAACACUCCUCCUCAGACAGAAUCGACCCUGCGAAACAUAGCGCUCCGUUCACCCCGCCCCGAGCACCGUGCACAACUCCUUUUGUGUUGUCAGAGCCGCAGCUGGGAUCUCUUCGCUCUUUUAAAAUAAACUCCUAAAGCCAUUGAUUGGUAACGGGAUCUUCUUAAAACUCCUGGAAACUUGAAAGACACACACAAAAAAAAAGCAACAAAAAAAAAAAAACCUGCAGCAGACUUUCCUCGAGAUUUCCUCGUUGCAAUACUGGUGAAUGCCACAAGAGGGAUGAAUAUGUACAGAGAGUUUAGAGGGAGGGGGGGGGGGGGGUGGAUUAAAGAGGCUUGGGAACUGCUGCUGUGUUGUGGGUUUUAGUGUUUGACAGAUGCUUCAACUUGCUGCGGAAAUGCACCGCAGUUUAUGGGUCUGCAUUCCUUCUUUUUUUUUUCUAGGCUCUGAGAAAUUAAAACCUGUUACAAUUAAAGCAGCCCCGCUUUAAUAGUCAAGUAUGUGAAAUAUAUUCACUUUUCUAAAACCACGAUUGCGCUUACAAGGGAUGAACCUCAAAGAGAGAGCCUUCUGUUGCCUUAUUCACACAAUCGGCCUUUACGAACAGUUUAAUUUAAACUGUUUUAGCUUUUUUGCAUUUCGCCACAUGCCUGUAUCUUUGUUUGAUUUUUUUUUUUUUUUUGAUAUCCUCUCUCUCUUUUAUGGGAUAAGUGCCUUUUUCCCGCCACUCCUGGGCCUUGUAAUAAACACUGAACUCCAAUCAUUGAUUUUACUGUAAGAUGUGACACUUAACUGCUCUGUUGUGACUUUGAUGUGGAAGAGAUGUUCUGAAUGAAACCAUCAGUAAACUAUUAUCUGCA